AUGGCCGUCGUUGCUUCCAAAGCCGCAUGCCAAAUAGACAAAAGUCCGCUGGAUGAUGACUUCCGCUGCGAGGGGGGCAAUCUCAGGGGCGGCGGCUCGGAUCAAUCGGACACUUGCCUGGCCAUUUCGAGAUCAAUCUUCAAGCCCAUCGUCGCCGCCGCCGCCGCUAUCGCCGCCGCCGCCGCCGCCAUGACGACCCCGCCUCCCCCCGCCGCUGCCGUCGCCGACGCCCCCGCCGACGCUACCGCCGUUGCCGCCGUCAAGGACGGCGACAAGAAGAAGAAGAAGAACAAGAAGAAGAAGGGCAAUAGGUCCAUCCGCUCGGAGUGCGGGCGGUGUGGCAAGUGGCACUCCGGGGAGUGCCGCUCUGCGGGUUGCCCCGGCUCCGGCUCCGGCUCCGAACCCCGGCCCCGCCCCGGCCCCGACCACCACCACCACCACCAUCACCACCACCUCCGCCGCCGCCCACCGCCGCCGCCGCCGCCGCCGCAACGGGGGUGGGAGCAAUCACCCCACCCCGACAAGAAGGCCAAGGCCAAGGAGGAGGAGAAGGAGAAAAAAGGGGAGGAGAAGCCUGGCGCCGGCAAGACGGCCUGA